ACGGAACAGAGCCUCAUUACUGAUCACAGCCUCAAGAGUCAAGACAAACCUGCAGAGACAGACUGGGCGAUUAAAAGCAUGGCUAACGGCGACGUUGACUGCGUUUCUCACGAUCUGAUUUCGCUUCUCUCCUCCGAUGAGAGGGAUUUUGUCGUUCGCAACAACGGUGACCAGGUUAAAAUCAGUGACUUGAGCGGAAAGACGGUGGGGUUGUAUUUCUCUGGCUCAUGGUGCGGUCCAUGUUGCCGUUUUACCCCAAACUUAGUGGAAAUUUACGAAGAGCUCUUGCCCAAAGGAGACUUUGAACUGGUCUUCAUUUCUUCUGAUAGAAAUGAUGAAUCAUUCGAUGGCUACUUUGCCAAAAUGCCUUGGCUUGCCGUUCCAUUUUCGGACUCAGAGACCCUGAAACGCCUUAAGGAAUUGUUCAAGGUGAGGGGAAUCCCUCACCUUGUCAUUCUUGAUGCCAAUGGGAAGGUUUCGACUGAUCAAGGGGUGAGAAUCGUCAGGGAAUAUGGAGCGGAUGGUUAUCCGUUUACUGCAGAAAAAAUCCAGUUCUUGAAAGAGGAAGAAGAGGCUGCUAAGAAGAAUCAGACCUUGAGUUCUAUCUUGGUUUUUGGCUCCCGCGAUUAUUUGGUUUCAAAUGAUGGAAACAAGAUUCCUGUACCUGAGCUUGAAGGCAAGAUAGUUUGCCUGUAUUUUUCAUUACAGACUCACCCUCUAUGCGUUGAAUUUACCUCAAAACUUGUGGAGGCUUACAAGAAACUCAAGGAGAGAGGAGAAAAUUUUGAGAUUGUGUUGAUACCUCUGGACUAUGAAGAUGAAAACUUCAAAAAAGGGUUCGAAACAAUGCCAUGGUUGGCGGUGCCGUUUAAGGAUAAGAGCUGCGAAAAGCUUGCUCGUUACUUUGAGCUUGAAACCCUUCCUACGUUAGUUGUAAUUGGCCCAGAUGGGAAGACAUUACAAUCAAAUGUGACUGAACUCAUUGAGGAACAUGGUAUUGAAGCCUACCCUUUCACAUCCGAGAAGCUUGCUGAGCUUGCUGAGAUUGAGAAGGCCAGACUUGAAUCACAGACGCUGGAAUCAAUUUUGGUUUCAGGGGAAAGAGACUUUGUGAUUGACAAAAGUGAUUCCAAGGUGCCAGUGUCUGAACUUGUUGGAAAGAAUAUUCUGCUUUAUUUCUCAGCUCGCUGGUGCCCCCCAUGUCGCGCAUUCCUGCCUAAGCUUAUAGAAGCAUACAAAGAGAUCAAGGAAAAGGACAAUGCAUUUGAAAUUAUAUUCAUCUCAAGUGACCGUGAUCAGUCCUCCUUUGAUGAUUUCUUUGCAGGAAUGCCUUGGUUAGCCCUCCCAUUUGGUGACGAGAGGAAGAAGUCCCUGUCACGCAAAUUCAAAAUUCAAGGCAUUCCUGCUGCCGUAGCCAUUGGCCCCAGUGGCAGGACAGUCAAUAAGGAAGCCCGGCAGCUAUUAACAGCUCAUGGUGCGGAUGCUUAUCCAUUCACUGAAGAGCAUCUGAAGCACUUGGAGGAAAAACUGGAGGAAAUUGUAAAGGGGUGGCCAGAGAAGCUGAAACAUGAGCUCCAUUUGGAGCAUGAGCUUGUAAAAACUCGUCGCAAUUCAUAUGCUUGCAAUGGUUGCAGGGAGAUGGGGCAUGGUUGGUCUUUUUACUGCAAGCAGUGUGACUUUGAUCUCCAUCCCAAGUGUGCUUUGAAGAAGAAUGAAGGAACAAAGGAUGAUGAGAAAGCAGAGGGAUUUGUUUGUGAAGGAGAUGUGUGCCGUAAAGCUUGAUAAAGCACCCAAUUACAUAAUGUGUGGCUUUCAAGUACUAUGUAAUCCUACUCGUGUGUUCUAAGUAAACUGUAUCCUGUGAGAUAUAAGUGAAUAGCUUGUGUUCUAAGUGACUGUAUCUUGUUUCAUAUAAGUGAAUAAAUUGUGUGUUCUACGUA